AUGUCACUGCAGGAAGCAUUGGGGCCGCUGCAGGGCAGUGACAGAAGCACAACACAAAUGACCAAAGAUGUAAAUGAAGAAAAGUGUCAGCUACUGUCAGCAGCAGGAGAAUGUGUUGGCCCCGAGGAGGAAGAGACUGAGAGCCUGGCCGGAAGCCCAGUCCAGUGCAAAGAGGAUGGAGCAACUGUAUCUUUAGCAGACUCUCUCUGCCACAAGGCUGUCCCAGAAGGAUGGAAGAAGAUAAUAAAGCAGAGGCAGGCGGGCAAAACUGCAGGGAAAUAUGACAUUUAUUUUAUCAGUCCUGAAGGAAUGAAGUUCCGAUCCAAACGCGCUCUCACAAAUUACUUUAAAAAGAAUGGUGAAAUUGUUCUCAAAUCAGAGGAUUUUGAUUUUAAUGCUCCUGUUCAAAACAAUGCACAAUCAAGAACCCAAGGAUCAACUGUUCUGGAGUCAAGAGUGCAGAUCUGUAACUCAAAAAGCCAGAUUUCUGAUCUUGGCUUGCAAAAUAGUGAUGGGGGACAUGCAACUUUUCUGCAAAAUGAAGUUUUGAAACUGCAAACUAAUUCCAGGGAGUUCCAAAAUAUUUCUGUCUGUUUGCAAGAUGGGCCCACUAUAGAUAACUCAAAGAACUGUUUUUUGAAGACCAACGAAACAAUGAAUUUGGAGGAUGGCCAAAAUAAAAGACAGAGAAAAACAUCACAUAAAAAACAAGGAAUGGGAUGUAUUAAAAGAAGUAGACAAAAGAACAGUGUUUAUGAUGUUAAUAGUGAGCGUGUAAAUAAUCAGAAAAUGUGCCAGCUGAACUCAAGAAGAAAGAAAAUACGCUUGAAAGAUGAACUUUUGAUUUCUGAACCAACAAUAGAGAUGCACGUUAAUCGAGUUGCACCUAUCUUGGAAUACGAGUCAGGUAUGGAAGGUUUAAAAUGCAGUGAGAUUCCCAGCGAGAUUGUUACUACAACAACUGAUAAAAAUCCUUCAAAGUCUGAAAACCUGAAAAAUUGGAUGCCUUCAGGCAGCCAAGAUAUAAAGUUUGCCCCCAAGGAGGAUAUUAAUGUAUCACAGACCACUGAUGAGAAACACUUUACCUCGGUAAAAGAGGGCCGUGUUCAAAGAACCCAAGUAGAGAGAAGGAAAACCAGUCCAUAUUUUUCCAGACGAGUCCUCAAAGAAGCUCCAAGCCCCCCAAGAAGGAAGGCUUUUCGGAAAUGGACUCCACCUCGUUCUCCUUUUAAUUUGAUCCAGGAAACACUCUUUCAUGAUCCGUGGAAACUCUUAAUCGCCACCAUAUUUCUGAAUAAAACUUCAGGUAAGAUGGCCAUCCCUGUUCUUUGGGAUUUUUUGAAGAAAUAUCCUUCGCCUAGAGUAGCGAGAGUUGCCAACUGCAAGGAAAUGUCAGAGCUGCUUAAACCUCUUGGUCUAUAUGAACUCAGAGCAAAGACCAUUAUCAAAUUUUCAGAUGAGUACUUGACCAAACAGUGGAAGUAUCCUAUUGAGUUGCAUGGGAUUGGAAAAUACGGAAAUGAUUCUUACAGGAUGUUCUGUGUCAAUGAAUGGAAGGAGGUACAUCCACAAGACCAUAAGCUGAAUGUUUAUCAUGCUUGGCUUUGGGAAAACCAUGAGAAACUGAAUCUUAAUUAACAGCUUUGUACAAACAUGCUUUUCUUCGUAUUUCAUGUUUUGGUCUUUCU